AUGUCAUCUAAUGAUAGACGGAAUUCAGAAUCUCAGGCUUCCUCCGAGGAAGACUACAAUAUGCUCUCUACGCCGGCCCCAAGUCCUUCCGGACCUUGUGUGGGGAUCGCGAACGAUAGUGAUAAUACUACUUCGUCGUCAAAACGGUCGAAAAUCAGUAGCGGUAGUACAGUUGGCGAGGAGGCAUCACAUAGCAUUGCUUCGAAAAGCAGCAGUGAGACACAAUACUCCUUUAAAAUCAACCCACCUCCCACUGAUAGACCUGUACGUAUAUACUGUGAUGGAAUAUACGAUUUGUUCCACUUCGGGCACGCGCGUUCCCUGGAACAAGCAAAGAAAUCGUUUCCCAAUGUCUACUUGCUUGUCGGUGUAUGUUCCGACGAAAUAACGAAUCAGAAAAAAGGAAAAACGGUGAUGAAUGAGGAAGAAAGGGUCGAAUCGGUGAGGCAUUGUAGGUGGGUGGAUGAGGUGAUUCCUAACGCGCCUUGGGUGGUUGAUCAGGAAUUUUUGGAUAAACAUCAGAUUGACUACGUCGCACACGACGAUAUUCCAUAUUCUUCGGAUGACUGUGCAGACGUGUACGAGUUCGCAAAAAAGGAGGGCAAAUUUCUCCCCACGCAGAGGACCGAGGGAAUAUCGACAUCGGACAUAAUAACCCGUAUAGUGCGAGACUACGACCAGUAUGUGAGACGUAAUCUCGAAAGGGGUGUCUCUCCGAAAGAUUUGAAUCUCGGAUUUUUGAAAGAAAAAGAGUUUCAUGUUAAAAAAUCCAUAUCGGAAAUUCGUUCGUCCAUUCACAAGAACUGGUCGGGCACAAAAAUGGAAUUAAGCAACGACAUAGAAAAUGUUGUGGAUAAAAUUUUCCGCCGGCGGCCUCGCAGAACGUUGACCAACGGAUCGGAAGAAGAAUCAAAUAGAAACGGCUCAUCUGACGAGGAUCAUCUGGAACGAUCGAGAAGCGUUUCUCCGGUGAGAAGGGUUAUCGACUUUAUCACGAGAGAUAACAGACAAAAGCAGAAGGAUCAAUAG